UUGUCAGUCGUCGCUCGGGCGCGUCGUGAUGCGAAGCUUCGUUUUGCAAUUCCGUCGUGACUCCGUUACAGUGAUUACAAUUCUUUGACUCGGAGCCAAGGAUAUCCUCGGAACAAACGGUGAACGGAACAAAAGCUAAUGCGAAUAAUAGCGUUUUUCAAAAGUAAAUGAGGACCAUUUGUUAAUAGCUUGAGAAUUCACGUAAUGCUACGCCGAAAAGAGACGAGACUUUCGCAAACAACCGUUCGUCCUUCGUCCCUUUAGUCGUUCGUUUGGAAUCGCAUCUCUAGUGAUAGCAUCAUGUGGAACCGCAAGGUUUUUAUCAGAAUAGUCGAAGUGCUCUUAUGCAUCGCCUGCGUCGUGGCACUCAGGGUAACGGACGAUGAGAGUCGAAGGGUGUUUCACUACUUGAGGAGUCGUAGCAGGGAGUGGUCACUGUUGAACAACGUGACAUGGGGCAGCAUAGGCGCUGCUCUGGCAACGGCGACCUGCGGCGGAUACGUCAUUAUAACGACUGGUCUCCUGAUCGCCGCUGCUACCGGGGAACUUCGCGGUCGAAAGACGGAACUCUUCCUACUCGGACUGGGCGUGAUUCUCUUCGGGAUAGUCGGCGCCUUGUCAUUGGCGUCCAUCGACAGCGUCCCCGAGGACCUGAUCGACAAUGCUGCAGUCUUGGGAGCGCUGUGCCUGGUCACAGCGUUGGUGUUCAUCGGGGAUUUACUCAUGAGCCCGCCUCGCAAGAAGGAUAAGCAGGACGAGGCGCGAAUCCUGGAAAAAGAUUUAGGUAAGCGGCAGGUAACGCCAAUGGUGACGAGUGAGGAUGCAAAGUCAAAGCCCAAGCCGACCGUCGUGAAAAUUCCCGAGGACGAGGACGGUCGCGCCAACGACGCCUUCCAGAAGACGGAUGACAGUCACGUCGAAGCCGCAAGACCCCAGCGGGAAUCGUCGGUGGCUCGUCCUCAGGAGGACUCUCGGGACGAUCGAGAGGUUCGCGGCGAUCAGGAACAACCGAGGGAACGAGCGCAGAAUUUCGAAAACGGUCGAGUUCUACGCGACUCGCAGAGAUAUCGCGAGAGCGAGCCUGAUCGCAGGAACGACGAGUCCAGGAUAACGUACAAGAGCCGGGACAUCUAUCAGCGACCGAUCGACGAGAUCGACACGCCGCGAUUUCCCACAGAGUACGAGAAGGGAGAUGCGCUGUUCGCGAAGCUCGUCCAUCCGAGCGUGAAGAUCAUGAGGGUCGAGAGAGACGUCGAGGAGAUGCUCGACAAUUACAGAUAUUCGGACAACAGUCAGUACGACAACGUGCCCGUCAGAAUGCGCGGUCCGUCAUCCGGGAUCUUGAAGGCUCAUCAUCGCGACGUGUCCUCCUUCAACGUGCCGCCUCCGCCGAAGGAAUAUCGUUCCGGGGGCCGGGAAAGGUCCAAGGACGAGAUCGAGAUGCUGGAGGAAUACUUUGGCGUGCUGAGAACCACCGGGACGCAAACUCCGAGGACGCCGUCGUCGCCGACCGAGCCAGGAUAUGUUCGACACACUGCAAGUAACUGGCCGCAGGACGUUAAAUCGAACACUCCAAGACCUGGCUCCGAUCACAGAAUUUAAUCCUUUCAUGACUGUCCUUGAUCCAUUUUUCUAAUCACAUGAUCGCUAGUUUAUACGAUAUAAGAACGUGAGUUUUUUUUUCUUAUGUAAAAUAAUCGAUUUUAAUCGACUCUCUUCGAGUUCAUUAAGUUUUCAUAAGCGCUUAUAUAAUUUUAUUCUCAUCUCUACUUUUACAAUAGAGUCAUUAAACGUUUUCACGAAUAAUUUAGCCGUGAAAGGAUUAAAAAGCAAUUAAUAUAUAAUAUAAUUGUCUCUCUCUCGUAUAUCUUGUAAGAUUUAGACUUAAUUGCCGUGUACCAGAUACACGAGAUGCCACAAGAAAUAGCAUUUAUACUUAGCAUUUACAACAGUGAAAUAAAUGGAAGGAAUAUCUAUUACA